AUGGCUUGUCGAUGUCUUCGAGUUGAUCAAUUGGAUUCUCAUGUUCUCGAUUCUGAAAUUCGUUCAAUUGCUCAGGAUUCUGUGGAUGACGUUGUUAAUCAGAUGCCAGUUUGGGUUUCAAGAAUAUUUGAAAAGUUACGACCAGAAUUGAAAAUUACUUUAGAAGCUGUUUUAUGGACUCAUCGAUUUUCGAGAGGUGUUUCCCCAGGACAAGAACAAAUGGAUAUUUCUUAUUCCGGAUAUACUCCAAAAGUGAUAACUGGACAUUUCCUUGUUGAAGUAUUCAUUCCAUAUUUCUCUAGAAGAGUUACUGAACUAAGUGGACGGCUCGAAAUAAUGAGAAUGUAUGCAAAGGUUGAAGCCAUAUUUGAGCUCGGAAGUCUUCUUCAUUUCCUCUAUUUUCUCCGUUCCGGUGGCCACUCAACUCUAACUGAAAGUAUACUUUCUCUUCGGAACUGGAAUAACAAUCAACCGACGAUUUCAUCAAUCAACUAUGAUACUCAAAAUCGAGAAUUAAUGUGGCACGCAUUCCGUGACGUCAUACUUCUUACAUAUCCAUUCAUCGAGAAAAUUCGUCAAAGAGUUGUCAAAAAACAGAAAUUGAAUCGAAAGUUCAGAUCAACGAUGGAAGGAUUUGAUAUCGAAUGUAUCGUUUGUGACAAGCCAUCAGUUAUUCCGAUGAUUGGACAGAAGUGUGGACACGUGGCAUGUUAUACGUGUAUUGCCACGUCACGGAAGAUGAUUUGUCCAUUGUGUUCAGAAGAGAAAAAAGAGCAACAAAUGGAGUUUUUGGCGAAGAAAUUGAAAGAAUCAUCAUCGAUUUUGAUUGAUCAAUAG